AUGGCGUCCCUGGUGGCGGGCCUUUUUGCCCCACACGAACGAGUUGGCCGAGGUGUGGCAGAGCACUUUUGCUGCUCCCAGCGGCGGCCCUCGCCGCCCUCAGAGCAGCACAUGGCGAAACUGCUCACCUACAAGGUGGAGUGCUACUGCGAUGCAGUUGAAUCACGGCGGAAAAGCCUAGCUGCUGUGGAUGGCUUUUACCGUGAGCUGAUGGUUUGCCAGUGGCGGAUCGAGGCGAUUGAGGCACAGCAGCGUGCGCUGCAGACACCAGAGGCGCUUCCCGUUCCAGCAUUUGAAGCUGACACUGAAGGAGCCGAAGCGCCUGCAUUUCACCUGGUGGAGACAUGCCUUUCAGAGCUCGCAACCUUGCGUGAUGCUGCUCAACACGGCAUCCAGGAGCGAGCAGCUCACUAUGCCCUGGCCAGCCAUGGCCCGCGAAUGGCUUCUUCUGUCGAGGAGAAGAGCAUGGCGCUAGAAGGAUACUUGAAGCUUGCAGACGAAGUCUUUGCAGAAGCCAGCGCAGAGAUGAGGGGCCUUGCCGAGCAACGAUCUGCCUGGGCGAAUCUUCCAAACUCCCUGGCGCGGCGCCUGAAAUUUUGGAGCUGCGAAUUGGAGGAGACUUGGAGCAACUGGCAAGAUGCCACGUCCAGGAUGUACAGUUCAGGUCAUGAUGCGCUCUGUGCUUGGCGUGAGAUUGCAGAAGUAUUGGAAUAUGCUUGCCAGCAUUUUGAACAUGUGCAAGAUGGAGGGCAGAAGUGGCAGAAGGCAAACUUUGCAUUUGCAAAGGCUGAACUUCAAAGUGCCCUCGUCACAUUUGUCGCUCGGAGCUUGGAAGUGGAAUUGCUGAACCCUUUAGGACUUUGCGGCCUUCAUGGGGAUGGUUACUUUUCGAGAAAGGAGGAACAAGGCUUUUCCCUGGAGACGCGCUUGGACAUGCUGACGACCGUUCUCGAGCUACUUGAUCAUCUCCACGUUUUAGACAAAGUUGGAGAAGAACUGCUGCGUUUAGGCUCGGAGUCCCUUCCUUUACCCGCGUGUGAUACCGCAGCCUGGCUUGGAGAGAAUGUGACAGCGAAGGCAAAGCCGGAUGCUUUUGUGCAACUGCAAAGCUUGGCUUCCGGUGGGCACGCUGCUCGCGUGCUGCUGCCCUGGUUCAUCGAAUGCCUGGUACAGGCAGUGGCUUCCGCAGCAAAACGAGAACAUAAGGAGGACUCAUCGAUAGCCUUUGUGUUGUGGAAGCGUUUGGACUUGCCCUCCGCAAGCUCACUGUUGGCCGCUGAGCAUGAAUGA